AAGAAUAUUUUUAAGUCAAAUCUUAAACUUAAAUGUAAUCUUAUCUUAUGAAAUACAGACGUUAUUUAAAAAAAGAAGAUUUCUUAAAUUCUGCCAAGCAGAAUUUUAGCGUUUUCUUUUAAUAUCUAGGUAUUUGAGGACAUUUCCUUUAGAGUUUAUUCUCGUAUCUCGGAAUGUUGGGGGCUGUAGCCAAGCUCGUGUUCCUGUCAAUCAACUGCUUUGUUUUGGUGGCAGGUUUGUUGAUGAUAAUAUUUGGAAUGACCUUCUACUUCAGUCCUUACCUCCACUUGCCUGACCUGGUGGAGAGGUCAGAAAAAUAUUCAGAGGACGCAGGUUACACCUUACCAAAACAGUUACGUGACAUGAAGGAAUUCCCUAUCGCCAAUGAGUUUGGCCUAGCCCUGGCACUGGUUGGAAUGUUCCUAGCACUCUUAAGUCUAAUGGCGAUUCUCGUUGUCUGUCUGACCUGUGGAGAUAUUUUCUACAUCGUUUACGCCUUGCUUGUGUUUCUGAUGGUCGUAGCAGAAAUCACUUUGUGCAUCCUGUUUUUGAACAGCAACUCGGUGCUCCAUAAGAACAUUAAAGAAGAUCUGAAGGAGAAAGUCCGUAACGAGUACGUGGACCAGGGCAAUGACACCUUCAGCGAAACCCUGAACCUCAUCCAUGUCUAUUUUCAAUGCUGCGGCAUCACCGGAGAGUCAGAUUUUGGCGGGAAGUCCUCCCAGUCUUGUCGUGCUCACAACCAGACGAUGGGAUGUUAUACGAAACUUAUGGAAGAAAUACAGAAAAAUCUUGCUUGGAUCACCACCAUCUUGCUGUUGCUUAUACUUCUACAGAUGAUCGAGAUAUUUUUGGCCAGCUCUGUUUAUUUUUCCAAUCGGAUUGUUCCGUUUCUUUGAUGUCAUUGGAUGAUUUAGUUAUUGAUUUUUGUUUUCAAAAAA